GGGCGGGGCGCGGCUGGCUGGCUGGCUCAGUCGCCUCAAGUUGGCCGGGCAGGAGGGAGGCCGGCGGGGCAGGAGCCAUGGAGAAGCCGCGGAGGCUCGUAGUGGUGACGGGGUUUGGCCCGUUCGGGGAGCAUUCGGUCAAUGCCAGCUGGAUUGCGGUUCAGGAGCUGGAGAAGCUGGGCCUCGGAGACGACGUCGACCUCCACGUCUGCGAAAUCCCGGUGGAAUACCAGGCUGUGGAGCGGCUCAUCCCUGCCUUGUGGAAGAAGCACAGCCCGCAAGUGACUGGUGGUGCACGUGGGCCUGUCGGGCAUGGCCACCACGGUGACGCUGGAAAAGUGCGGCCACAACAUCGGCUACCGCGGCCUGGACAACUGCCGCUUCUGCCCGGGCUCCCAGUGCUGCAUCGAGGGGGGCCCCGAGUGCAUCGACUCCGUCAUCGACAUGGACGCCGUCUGCAAGAGGGUCUCCACCCUGGGGCUGGACGUCGCCGUGACGAUAUCGAAGGAUGCCGGCAGGUACCUCUGCGACUUCACCUACUACACCUCGCUGUACCACAGCCACGGCCGCUCGGCCUUCGUCCACGUUCCCCCGCUGGGGAGGCCCUACAGCGCCGAGCAGCUGGGGCGAGCCCUGCAGGCCAUCAUCGCGGCGAUGCUCAGCGACUUGAAACACUUAGACAGCAACAUCAAUUGCCACAACGAGCACUGAGGCACGAGCCCCGCGUCCCGCCUGCUCCCUCGCUGUUGCACUUCUGGAAAAGAAACUUUUCUCACAGUACCUUGGGGGCGGGGGGGGCGGGUUUUCCUUCCUGAUUUUGAGACGCAGGGCCCUCUCUGUGUCCGGUGAUCAACGAUAACUCCCCAAGAAACGAUUUUGCACCCUCUUUCAAUUCUCCAGGUCCCCCCUUUCCAGACACAACUGGAGCAGUUUUUAUUUUUGGAUUGCCGCCGAGGAGUCAAGGCGUUGUUUUUUUUUAUUGUGUGUCUAGGAUUUCGGAAGGGGCGGGGGGCUUAAGCCUCCUGCAAUAUCCAAGAAUCCAAGCCCCAAUUUGUAUGAAAAUUUUUGCCUCCUGUCUCGACUUGGGUUUUUCAAAAAGGGUGCAUACAAAAACGUUGUAGCUUAAAGCAGAGGGUAGCGGAACGUACUCCUGCCCGGGGGAAUUUUCUAACCCCUCGUCCAGGGGGUCAGAGCUUUCCACUCUGCCAGCCCCCCAAACGCCUCUGAUGGGGCAGGAAAGGGGGUGGGGUGGAAAGAGGCCUCCUUUGCUCUGACCUAGUUUUUUGGGGGGGGGGUUGUUGGAGCAGAUGACUCUUGGGGUCCCCUCCCAUUAUUAUUAUUUUUUUAAAGAAAGAACGGACCUCUUUGCAUUACUGCCUUUUUCAAACCUGGCAACUACAUACCUCUGCACCUGAAGCGCACACCUUCUCUUCGGCUGGGUCUUGCUCCAGGAACUGGGGGCUGCCUUCCCCCCCCCCCAACACCCCCCUGAGCCCUCUUUUCCAGUGCCUCAAAAGCAAGAUGCUGCUCAGACCUCCCCCCCAACACCACUUUGUACCUUAGAAUCUCAGCGUGGUACUAGAUCCCUUUUCUGAACUUUUUUUGCUGUGUCCUGGGAGGGGCCUCUGGAGUAAAACUGGAAUGGUGCCGCCUCCUUGAUGACACUUCCUAAGAAGAUUUUUUUGGGGGGACGACAAUGAAGAUGGAGGGGGAGACACCCCUGAGACUCGCCCAGACUCCUUUUCUUGCCUGGCAGAGCCGUUUCUUUGUGGUUGGAGCAGAAGAUCCAGCGGCCCCUGUUUGAAAAACAUUCUGGAUUCUGACAAAGGAGGGCUGCCCUUACAAGUAUUGCAGG